GGUAUGUCAUGGCAUUAUAUAGCUACAUAUCGUCUAACCACAUGGUAAAUGGUGCUCACCUCCCAUCCAGAUCUCUGUUCAUAGUUCUCUUUCCUUCUCGCCUGUUAUCCUUUCCUUCCCUUCCUAUAGUCACUCCUUAAUGCUUCGCCUGCUGGUCAGCUUGUACUGUUGAGCAGUAUUUACGUUCUUUUUACAUAGUUAGUUUAUUCUUCGUACAUAUAAUACGCGGCUAGAGGUAAUAGGAAAUGAGGAAAUCAGAUCUAGUCACAGCUCUUGCUGUUAUACUUGGUGCUGCCUUCAAUGGAGUACUUGCUACCCCAGCCCCUAUUUUUCAGCAGGAUCAAAAUUUCCCUACUUCUAACCACCCAAGUACGGUGCCAUCUUCCUCCAGUGGCCAACUUCAACAAUUGCCAAAUGUUAGAGGGGAUAAGGGAUCCGGCACGAAUGCCGAUGUGAAAGGUGGUUAUGGGCCUGAAGCAGUAUCCUCCGAGGGAUUAGUACAGAUCCCUGGCGCACCAGUGACUGCUGGUCAGUUAGUCGCUCUCCCCGGGCUAGAAGAGUCAACAGCUGCCGGUGAGACCGCUACGAGUAGUGCGGCUGUUGAGUCCUUAGCAGCCGGAACUACUUCUAGUACCACACUUGGGACAACGACGGAUGCUGGGGUAGAGAUAUCCUCAAGUACAGCGGUACUUGAGACGUCAAAGGUCAUCGUGGCUUCAUCUUCGUCAAGCUCCGCAGUGCUAGUCGGAAGCGUCCAGAGCUUUCAAAUCAUGCCUACCGCAACUGCUACUUCUUCCGCGGCUAUCAACGUCGGGGUCGUAGCAAACUCGAGCACGCUAGCGGUAGUUUUCAGCUCUGCUUCUAUCCAAAGCUUUCGCAUCAUUAGUGCCGAUGUGUCGGCGACAGUUACAUCACCGAUCUUCGCGAAUGUGUCUACUUCGGCCCUUGUGGUCAAUGUUCCUGGAGCUGUUGCCACUUCGAGGUUCGGGGGUUUCUCUAACACCACUGUCACUGCGGCUACUACUGGGGCAGUAGCCACGAAUAUAGAUCUUCCUCCUGGAUCUGUACCAACUGGGCUCGUCGCAUUGCCUACCGGCGGUGCAGUAACAUCUGGAAGUCUCCAGUCUCUGUUGGGAUCUGAAGGCACCGAAACCGCCGGGGUCCAGCAGUCGCUUUCCGGCGCCUUGGGCAGUUCGAGCGGCCUCAGCUCUAGCGUUACUGCUAUCGAAGCACGUCCUACCGAAGCGACGAGCGAAUUGCGAGAGCUCCCUAGUGUGCAAACCACGCUGGGCUCACUGGUGCCAAUAACCUCUGAGGUUGCGAGCUCCACGGCGGUAGCAGCAGCUAGUGGUGUAUCAACGAAUAACACUUUACCAUCAUUCAGUCUAAGCGCCGCAGCGGUACCGAAGGCGGAUGCGAUAACUGCGAUGCUGGUUGUGGGAGUUACGGAGAUGUUGGCUGUGCUCUUUAUGUAAGUAGCGUAAGAUGUAGUAGAUUAAUAUAUUACGGUAUUUCUCUGCAGCAUUAAGAUUUCAGUGAAGAAAUCAUGUGCGGGCUUACACGUAAGAUUAUUGCACUCACC